UUCAGGAAUGAUUACUGCUAUUGGUUUAUCCAAUCUGCAAUUUGUAGAUAUGAACUCAGCAAGAAAUUUAUUCGUCUUGGGUUUUUCCCUAUUUUUUGGAUUAGUUCUACCAAAUUACUUGGAUGCAAAUCCUAACUGUAUUCAGACAGGUUUGCCAGAACUGGAUCAGAUAUUGACUGUGCUUUUAACAACAGAAAUGUUUGUAGGAGGCUGUAUAGCAUUUUUCCUAGACAAUACCAUCCCAGGUACACAAAAAGAACGUGGACUUGUGCAGUGGAAGGAAGGAGCCAAUGCUAACAGCGACACAUGUAUAGAUCUCAGAAGCUACGACUUUCCAUGUGGAAUGGCAGGUGUUAGGCGAAUACAGUGCUUCCGCUGGAUUCCUAUCUGUCCAGCUUUUAAAGGGUUUAAGAGUACAGCACCUAAAACUGCUAUUACAACAACCAUGAUCUAUAACAACAUUGAUUGUCAGGAUGAAACAAACAAUCCAGUGUGCACAAAAGUGUAAAACCAAUUAGUUUAAACAUGUUUGUACCUAAGAAUGUUUUUCAAGAGAAGGCCAUUUCC